AUGGAUUUAAUGGGGUUGAUGCCGCAAGGAAAAGAGCACGAGGACCGCGAGCCGAUCAUCAAGCACGAAUGUCGACAAAAAGCCGAGGAGGACGAAGUCGAGGCCUUCAUCAAAGGCGACGGCUGGUGCGCUCGAUUGGAACGAUGGUCAGCCCGUCAGCGCAUCCUCGUUAAAAAUCACUACUACUCGCAGACCUGUCUCAAGAGCAAAAUGGCCAUCAGGAACGAGAUAAUGCGCCACUUGCGGCAGCAUCCCCGCAUGAUACAUCCCUUCAGCAGCUUCAGGAUCUUUUGGGAGCUGAUAAUGACCAUUACGGGCUUGGCGACUCUCGUUCUCGUGCCCUUCGUCAACACCUUCCUCUUCCAAAACGAGGUCUACAGUCUGCCCUACAUGUGCAUCGUAUCGCUCAUGUUGAUGAUUGACGUUGUCUUGACCUUUCUAACGGGAAUAUACGACAAACGCACCAAAAGCGUCGAUCUCAAUCCCAAGGUCGUUUCCUGGGAUUACGUGAAAGGAUUUUUCAUCCUCGACGUUUUGGCGGCCUUACCUUACAAUCUCAUUGAUUAUUUAGUGAAUUUUAACGAAGACAUCGAUUGGUACGUGGCCAUUUGGAACUUCAUGCAUAUAUUGCGACUAAGAAACACCAUUAAUUAUAUUCAUAAAUUCCACAAGGCUUACUACUUAUCCUUUCGGACCAUGAAGAUUGUACAAAUAAUAAUAGUAUUAUGCAUCGGUGUUCAUUGGUGUGCCUGUCUGGUUUAUUACGUUCCUCUACUCUUACAAGAGAACGGAAAACUUGAAAAGUAAAAGCUUAAAUCAUGGAAUCGCACUUGCAGCACAUCGUGGAUAUUGAGCGACGACUUUGAACGAUGCAAAACCAAAACGGCGCAGUACAUACUCUGCAUGAAUCGAGGUGUUACGUUUCUCGUGAGCUCGGCGCACUUCAUCGACAUCAAGAGCGCCGACGACAUCAUCAUGAACUUCACCAUGUCGAUCCUCGGAAAAAUAUUUUUCAUCUAUUUGCUAUGUUAAGUGCGUCAAGUAAUGUUGAUAUUCAGUGCGUCGAACAAAGAGAACGUUCGGCUGCUGCAGCAACUUCACGACUACAUGCACUACAAGGAACUGCCUAGAGUCACGCAAAAGAAGCUCAUCGUUUACUGCACUUAUUGGCUUAAAAAAAAUUGCUAUCGAGACAAGCACAUCUUGGCGCAGAUAUCCGAGCCACUUCGCGAGGAGCUAAAUCUGCACAAUUACACGAAACUGCUCGAGACGGUGGAUCUUUUGCGUGAACUGCCGAGAGCCGCCGUCGAGUCCUUGGUGGAUCACGUAAAAGUCCAGAUCUACUUGGCCGGUCAAGAGAUCGUGAGCGCCGGUACUCAGGGCGAGGACCUGUUCUUCAUUCACUCGGGCACCGUAGCGGUCUACACGAGCCUCGGCAAAGAAAUGUGCCACAUGGACGACGGGGCCUACUUCAGCGACGUCUGCCUCGUGCUGGAUCACGAGCAGCGCAUCGCCAGCGUCAAGGCCAUCGAGACCUGCGAGAUGUUCAUCGUGCCUCGCGAGCGAUUUCGUCAGAUCGUCGUCAGGUAUCCGAAUUUGAUGGGUCGCUUGCAAAAGAUCGCCAUUAAAAAGCUCGAUCGAGUGAUGGUCAUGGACGAAAUUUAUAUCGCUGAAGAUCCUAAUCCAAAGUAUUUUAACAUCAGUAUUUUGAUGGGUGACAAAGUUUGA